AUGUGGCAUUUGCUGCAAACGAGCUCUUGUCAGCUUGUUAGACAAAGACUGCUAACAGCUAAAAGCAAUGUAUAUUUUACGAAUUUUAUGAAAAGUAAACCGUCUAAUGUCGUAAAACGAUAUUUUUCUGAGGUUAAAACUACGUCGGAGAAAAAUGCAAAACCGGGGUUGUUGUUGCUCUGUAGUCCAUGGAAGUUGUGUACUGGGGUCAGUUUGGCGUUGGGGGCUCGUUAUUUUCUUAGCAAUGGUCCGGCGUACUGUAAGGCCCAUACAGUCCCGUCUAGGGUUAUCCAAAGAAGGCCGAAUAUAGACGAAGACAAUUCGAAGUUUGACUGGGAUAAAUUCCUCUCUUAUUUACAACCGCAUAAAUGGCUCUUAUUAGCAGCUAUAGGGUCAGCAUUAGUGGUGGCUUUCUUCAACGUGUACAUACCAGCGGUGUUAGGCGAAGUUGUGAAUGUGCUAGCCAACCAGAGACAGAAUCCUAGUGCAGACUUCUUGGAUAACAUCAGAGGGCCUGCGCUCAAACUGGUUGCCUUGUAUAUUGGACAGGCAAUAUUCACAUUCAUGUACAUCCAUCUCCUGUCACAAGUGGGUGAGCGAGUGGCUGCACAGAUGAAGCAGGAGCUCUUCGAGUCUAUUCUACUACAGGAUAUUGCAUUCUUUGACCAGGAGAGGACCGGAGAACUUGUCAAUAGGCUGACAGUAGAUGUGCAAGAUUUCAAGAGUUCUUUCAAACAAACGAUUUCAGGUGGACUUAGAGCAAUUACUCAGGUGGUCGGGUCUUCAGUCAGUCUCCUAGUGAUAUCGCCGCAGUUGACAGGCUUAACCUUGGUCUGUGUGCCGUCGGUAGUUAUUGGAGGAACAUUCAUUGGAUCCUUGCUUAGGAAGCUCUCGAGAGAAGCGCAAACGCAGGUAGAAAAGUCAACCCUAGUAGCGGAGGAAGCGAUAGCAAACAUGCGCACAGUGCGCGCGUUCGCCGGCGAACAGAACGAGGCGCAGCUGUUCGCGCACGAGUGCCGGGCCGCCGCUGAACUCAGCAUGGAGCUGGGGCUGGGGAUUGGACUGUUCCAGGCGGGGACUAAUUUGUUCCUUAAUGGGAUGGUUCUAGGCACGAUGUUCAUGGGCGGGCACCUAAUGGCAUCUGGACAGUUGUCAGCGGGUGACGUCAUGGCGUUCCUAGUGAACGCUCAGACGGUGCAGCGGUCUGUUGCACAACUGUCGUUGUUGUUCGGGUCAGUCGUGAAGGGGAUCAGUGCUGGAGGACGCGUGUUCGAGUACAUCAACAAGAAGCCCAUGAUGGACAGUUCUGGUUCGAAGGUGAUCAAGUACCACGAGUUCCACGGAGACAUAGAGUUCAAAGACGUCAGCUUUGCAUAUCCUAGCAGACCAGAGGCGAAAGUAUUGAAGAACUUCAACCUGAAGAUACCGGCUGGUAAGACGGUGGCCAUCGUCGGUACUUCUGGCAACGGCAAGUCUACAAUCGCUUGUCUGUUGGAGAGAUUCUACGACGUAGACGCAGGGCAAGUAACAAUAGACGGUAUAGACGUCCGGCAGAUGGACGGCAAGUGGCUGAGGGGACGAGCGCUGGGCAUCAUCAGCCAGGAACCUGUACUCUUCGCUACUACUGUCAAGGAGAACAUACGAUAUGGUCGCCCUGAGGCUACUGAUGAGGAUGUAUACAGAGCAGCCCAAACAGCGAAUGCUCACGAUUUCAUAGUUGGCUUCCCCGACGGAUAUGAUACUCUAGUGGGGGAACGGGGGAUGUCUCUCAGUGGGGGACAGAAACAGAGGAUAGCCAUCGCCAGAGCCGUGCUCAAGAACCCUCCUAUACUUAUACUGGAUGAGGCUACAAGUGCCUUGGACUCGGCAAGCGAGAAAGUAGUGCAACAGCGUUAG